AUGCAGGGGACUCAGGCGCUCACAGUUCCCAGCUGGGUCCCUUUGGGCCACUCCACAGAGACUGCCAAUUAUAAGGAGUGGGGGAAGGGAGCUGGCCUGGCCUGGGGGUUUCAUGGCACCCCACCCCUCUUUACACUGUCUUUUCCUUCACAGAUCGAGUUUAACAAGGACCAACUGGAGGACUUCAAAGAGGCCUUUCAGCUGUUUGACCGAAUAGGAGAUGGAAAGAUCUUGUACAAUCAGUGUGGGGAUGUGAUGCGGGCUCUUGGCCAGAACCCUACCAAUGCUGAGGUGCUCAAGGUCCUGGGUCACCCAAAGACUGAUGAGCUGAACUCCAAGCGUGUGGACUUUGAGACUUUCCUGCCCAUGCUCCAGUCAGUAGCUAAAAGCCGGGACCAAGGCACAUAUGAAGACUAUGUUGAGGGACUUCGAGUGUUUGAUAAGGAAGGGAACGGUACAGUCAUGGGGGCUGAACUCCGACAUGUCCUCACCACCCUGGGGGAGAAGAUGACUGAGGAAGAGGUAGAGACCCUCCUGGCUGGACAUGAAGACAACAAUGGCUCCAUCAACUAUGAGGCCUUCCUGAAACACAUUAUGUCAAACUGAGGCCCCAAGAUCCUACUUUUCUCCAGACAGAGCAUUCUCCUGCAUCCUGGGGAGACGAAAAUCCAGUGCCUUGCACAUAGUAGGCACUUAGUAAAUGUGUGUUGCAUUGAGAGUGGAGAAGGAUGGUGUGGGAGGGGACAGACAUACUGUGUU